GGAGAGAUCACUCAUUGUUACCAUCUACCUGUAAUACCGGGACCUGAGAGACGGAUCCGAGGACGCUGCAGCUUCAGGGUCACUGCCCACCGGCUCCUGUCACAUUGCAGGAUAUUUGGGGUGAGCACGUAGCAGGGACCCCCCUUACUGAUGACUUGUUUCCAGCUCGCGGCAUGGUGCCUCUGGGUCCUCUACAUGGUGGCUGCUCAGUUUGUGCAGUUGGGAAUGUAUGAAGAUUCCUUUGAUGACCAAUAUGUUGGAUGCCUCAACCAAAUGGAGGCCCUAGCGCCAGAUUUACUGAGAUUGGAAAGACAGAAUGACAAGGAAUUGGACAAUGUUUGGGAAGAAGCUUCUGAAGCUUGGCAGAUAGUAAAGCCCUCAAUGAAAACUCUUCCUGAGGGAUUUAAAGAUGAAUAUGGGACAGCGCUAUUAGUGCACAUCACUGGUAAAACUAAUUUAGUCCCCGCUGUACAGCAAUAUGGCUUUGCUCCCCAAUCAUUCAGGUACCACUCAUUGCAAUUCUACGUCACCAGAGCCAUGAUUUUGCUCCGAGCCGGGUGUGAUGGGAAACCAUUGACCACCUAUUGGGGGACUAACGGUUUUUUUUUUGAUCCGCCUCCUGAGCCCCAGCAAAAUGUCAGACUCGGACAAAUCCCUUUUACAGCUACUGACUUCAGUGUGGCGCUGCACUCUGGACAUCAUUCUUUCUUCAACAUCACCACUUGCUUCGGGGUGGAAGCAGACAAUUUCAGUAACAUCUUUUCCAAUACAAUUGUAAUUAUUCCAGUGAAUGAGGUGUUUAAUGUCUCCAGAAACACCGAGAAGGGGAACAAUUUAAUUCUGCAGAGCACUGAGAAGAGGUGCAGCUACUACAACUGUGCCUACCUGGGAGGCAGAAAGAGCCAGAUCUGCAAAUACAGAGCAG